AUGAGUUUAUCUCCCUAUCCAACAGCAUCAACAUCAAAAAAAAUUAAAUCAUCAAAAAUAUCCCCUUCUCCUAAAUUACCUGAAAGUAAAAUUGAAGUAAAAAAGGGAACUUUUGGAUAUGAAAAAAUUGGAGGAAUUGAUAAAAUAAUAACUGAAGUGAGAGAAUUAGUUGAAUAUCCUUUGUUGCAUCCUGAAAUUUAUAAACAUCUUGGAAUUGAACCUCCUCGUGGUAUUUUAUUACAUGGACCUCCUGGAUGUGGUAAAACGUUAUUAGCAAAAGCUAUUGCAGGAGAAGUGGGUGUUGCUUUUAUUGAGGUGUCAGCAACAGAACUUGUUGGAGGAAUGUCUGGUGAAAGUGAAAGUAAAAUACGCGAUUUAUUUCAAUCAGCAUCACAAAGAGCACCUGCCUUAUUAUUUAUUGAUGAAAUUGAUGCUAUUACACCAAAAAGAGAUAACGCACAACGUGAAAUGGAAAGAAGAAUUGUUGCUCAAUUAUUGUCUUCAUUAGACAAACUUAGUGAAGCAGAUAAACCAGUUAUUGUAAUUGGUGCUACAAAUCGUCCUGAUUCAUUAGAUCCAGCAUUACGUAGGGCUGGUAGAUUUGAUAGAGAAAUUGCUAUGGGCAUUCCUAGUGAAGCACAAAGAAAACAAAUAUUAGAUAAAAUGAUGGUUAAUUUAAAAAUUGAUUCUGCUGUUAAUAUCGAAAAAUUAGCAAAAGGAACUGCAGGGUAUGUAGGCGCUGAUAUUGCUGCCUUAACAAAAGAAGCUGCCAUAGCAGCUAUUCAUCGUAUUUUUAGUGGAAAAGCUGGAACUGAUAAUCUUAAAUCUAUUCAACAAGAUGUUGAAGAAGAAAAUCAAAAAGAUUUAAAUGAAAGACAAGCUGUUUGUGAUUAUUUAAAAUCAAAUACUAACACAUUUACAGAAACAGAACUUGCACAGUUAAGUAUUACUCAAAGUGAUUUUGAUCAUGCUUUAAAUGUUGUACAACCAUCUUCUAAAAGAGAAGGAUUUACAACUAUUCCUGAUGUUACUUGGGAUAAUAUUGGAGGUAUGGAAGAAGUUCAUAAUGAAUUAAAAAGACUUGUAGUAGGUGCUGUUCAAUACCCAUCAUUGUAUAAGAAAUUUGGUGUUGAUACUCCUGCUGGUAUUCUUCUUUAUGGACCACCAGGAUGUGGUAAAACAUAUUGUGCUAAGGCUUUAGCUAAUGAAUGUAAAGCUAAUUUUAUUGCUGUUAAAGGUCCACAAUUACUUAAUAAAUAUGUUGGUGAAGCAGAACGUGCUGUAAGACAAUUAUUUAUGAGAGCAAGAAAUAGUGCGCCUUGUGUUAUAUUUUUUGAUGAAUUAGAUGCACUUGCACCAAAACGAAGUGAAGACUCAUCUGGGGUAUCAAGAAUUGUAAAUCAAUUGUUAACUGAAUUAGAUGGUAUGGAUGUAAGAAAAGAUGUUUUUGUUGUUGCAGCAACAAACAGACCAGAUUGUAUUGAUCCAGCAAUGUUAAGACCUGGAAGACUUGACAGACUUAUUUCAGUUGAUUUACCAAAUAGUGAUGCUCGUGUUGAUAUUCUCAAAACUAUAUGUAAACGACAAAAAGUUCCACUAGCAGAUAGUGUUAAUUUAGAAAAGAUAGCACGAUCUGUUCAAGUAGAUGGUUUUUCUGGUGCAGACCUUACUGCUUUGGUUAAAGAAGCUUCUGUUAGAGCUCUUGAUGAAAUUGUAAAAAAAGUUGGAUAUGAGAGUGCACAAAAAGAUGGUGGUUUAGUAGAAGAAAGGCACUUUAUUGAAGCGUUAUCAAAAAUACGUCGUAGCGUAAGUAAAGAAGAUGAAUUAGAAUAUUUAAAGAUAAAACAAAGUAUUUUAUCUCAAAAUUGA